ACCAAACACCACAUUAGACCACACCACACCUCAGUCCUGUACCUGGCUCCUCUCUUUGGGACUAUGGCGGCCACACUUUGCCAAGUGCUGGGUUUUGUGCUCAGCCUGUUGGGGGUGGCGUUGGUGGUGGCGGCUACAGCGAUGGACCAGUGGGCAACAGAGGACCUGUUUGAUAGCGUGGUGACUGCGGUGUAUUCGUAUUCAGGUCUGUGGAGGUCCUGUGUGCGGCAGUCUUCAGGCUUGUCAGAGUGUAGGCCCUACUUCACCAUUCUGGGACUGCCAGCCUUGCUCCAGGCUGUGCGGGCCUUGAUGAUAGUCGGGAUGAUUCUUGGAGCCAUUGGGAGUCUGGUCGCCAUUUUUGCUCUCAAGUGUCUGAAAAUGGGCAACAUGGAGAACAACAUCAAGGCCACCAUGACACUGACCGCAGGCAUCAUGGACAUCCUGGCAGGAGUCUGUGCCAUUGCCGGAGUGUCAGCUUUUGCUAAUUUGAUUGUCCAAAGUUUUCGCUUCACCACGUUCACUGAUGGAACCAGUGGGAUAAUAGGAGGAGCCAACGUGGGGGGGAUCACUGGAGCCCUCACUCCCAGAUACACUUUUGGCCCAGCUUUAUUCGUGGGGUGGAUCGGUGGCGCCAUCUUGCUGAUUGGAGGUGUUAUGAUGUGCAUGGCCUGUAGGGGGAUGACUCCUGACAGAAAUGAGAAAUAUAAUGGUACCGCGUACAAAGCCUCUUCUCAGCACAUGUACAGACAGGACCCCAGACCCCGCCCCACCUAUGACUCCUACAAGGUCCCCAGUGAGGGGCGCCACUCCAACCAGAGAUUCGACUAUGUGUAACUCACUCACUGUAACCAUGUACUCUUGACUUAUUUCUAUACAACUAUUUACUGUCUUUAACUUUUUUUAUCUGGAGUAAAAAGCAUUGUGUGUAUGGUUUUGAUGAAUGUUAAGAGAAAUGUGCUUUCUAAAAUAUGAUUUUUCUGUUAACCAGUCUUAUUAAAUUGUGUUAUUAAUCUGGAUUGCAUUUGUUUUUUGUUUGUUUUUUUUACAUUAUUUGUAUCAACUUUUUUUUUUUUUUACUGUAAAUGCUGAUUUAUAAAUUAGUCAAAAAUUAUUUUGUUUAUGUCUGACUUA